AGUCCGUCUUUCAGUCGAUUUAAUUCUGCCUGUCGGAAGAUGUUCCCGGGAGCAAAGGUCCUCAGGCUCCCCCACUAGUACGUACCGUACUACAUUUGUACUUGCAUGAUCAUUCGGCCGGACAAGAUGCGCAGCGCAAGACGCUUGAUCGAAACUCGACUUUAAAACAAUGGUGUCGUCUACAUAUCGGCGCAAUGAAUGAACCGCCUCAAGACCGACAGGAUCCGCUGGACCAUUUACCGGUGGAGGUGAUUUCCACAAUCUUAAGUUUCCUUUCUGCUGAAGACCUGUGUCACCUUGGUGCUUGCAACAAGGCAUGGCAGCAGAUCACCUCCAACGACAACUGCUGGUCCAGUCUAUGUAAGCUGAAGAACUGGGAGCGUUUUGGUGUAGUACGCUCAACUUCCGAAGCCCCGUGUGCUACGACCAGCAAUUGCUGUACCGUUGCACCAUUCUCGCAAGCUCCUUCGGUUGACGGUUUUGACGAGGCAGAGGGACCAACUACCAAAAGCUGUGACUGGAAGGAGGUGUACGUGAAGGCCUGGCACCUGGAGAGGAGCUGGUCCCGGGGUCGGCGCCAAGUGAAACACAUCACCGAGUCGUUUGUCGCGGAAUCGGGAAUAACUUUCGUUUGCAAUGACUGUAGCAAGACCAUCGAUCAUUUGCCAGAGUUGUAACGAGUCACUGAUUUUUGUGACUCGAGUCGAGUCGAGUCAUUUUAAAGAAAUGACUCGAGUCGAGUCGAUUUGAGUCAAGUAUUUAGCUCGAGUCAAUUCGAGUCACAAUUGAACACUAUGCAAUAAAUAA